AUGAAAUGCCCAUUCCAAGUCCUCGUUAUUUCUCUUUUCCUAACAUUUGCGUGUGGGAUCAAAGGCCUGGUAGAUCAGCUUGAGAAAGAUUCUAAGUCUGUGGAUCCCCAAUGGAAGCAGUUAAAUAACCAAAACCUGAGCAUGUCCAUUCUCCCCGCUGACUUCCACAAGGAAAACACAGUCACCAAUGACUGGAUCCCUGAGGGGGAAGAAGAUGAGGAUUAUCUGGAUCUGGAGAAGAUAUUCAGUGAAGAUGAUGACUACAUUGACAUAAUCGAUGCAGUUUUGCCAACAGAUUCAGAAGCCAAUGCUGGAAACAUCCUACAGCUCUUCCAAGGCAAGAGCCGAAUCCAGCGUCUCAAUAUCCUCAAUGCAAAAUUUGCUUUCAGCCUUUAUAGGGCACUGAAGGAGCAGGCCAACACUUUUGACAACAUCUUCAUAGCCCCUGUGGGCAUUUCUACAGCCAUGGGGAUGAUUUCUUUGGGCCUGCAGGGGAAAACUCAUGAACAAGUACACUCAAUUUUGCACUUCAAAGACUUUGUCAAUGCCAGCAGCAAGUAUGAAAUCAUGACCAUACAUAAUCUCUUCCGGAAGCUGACCCAUCGCCUUUUCAGGAGGAAGUUUGGGUACACAUUGCGAUCAGUCAAUGAUCUUUACAUCCAGAAACAAUUUCCAAUCCUGGAUGACUUCAAAAGUAAAGUAAGAGAUUACUACUUUGCAGAAGCUCAGGCAACUGACUUCUCAGACCCUGCUUUCAUAGCAAAGGCCAACAACCACAUUCUAAGUGUCACCAAGGGUCUCAUAAAAGAUGCUCUGGAGAACAUAGACCCAGCUACUCAGAUGAUGAUCCUAAACUGCAUCUACUUUAAAGGAUCCUGGGUGAAUAAAUUCCCAGUGGAAAUGACACACAACCACAACUUCCGGUUGAAUGAACGAGAGGUGGUCAAGGUUUCCAUGAUGCAGACCAAGGGGAACUUCCUGGCAGCAAAUGACCAGGAGCUGGACUGUGAUGUUCUGCAGCUGGAGUAUGUGGGAGGCAUCAGCAUGUUUGUUGUGGUCCCACACAAGCUGUCUGGAAUGAAGACGCUAGAGACACAACUGACACCCCAAGUGGUCGAGAGAUGGCAGAAAAGCAUGACAAACAGAACUCGAGAGGUGCUCCUGCCCAAAUUCAAACUGGAGAAAAAUUAUAACCUGGUGGAGACCCUGAAGUCAAUGGGUAUCACCUCACUGUUCGAGAAAAACAGCAAUAUGUCAGGAAUUUCAGACCAUAGGAUCACCAUUGACCUGUUCAAGCACCAAGGUACUAUUACAGUGAAUGAGGAGGGCACCGAAGCUGCUGCGGUGACCACAGUGGGGUUCAUGCCACUGUCUACCCAAGUGCGUUUCACUGUCGACCGCCCUUUUCUGUUUCUCAUCUAUGAGCACCGCACCAGCUGCCUGCUCUUCAUGGGGAGAGUUGCCAACCCCACCAAGUCUUAA